AGGACGGCUGUGCCAACCCCGGCCGCGCAGCGAUGGGCUCGGGCUGGAGCGGCGAGGACGAGCGGCAGCCGCUGCUGGGCCCGGCGCCGCCCGCGGCCGGCACCCCGGGCCCCGGGCGGGUGUACGCGCGGCGCUGGCUGGUGCUGCUGCUCUUCUCGCUGCUGGGCUUCGCGCAGGGCCUGGUGUGGAACACCUGGGGCCCCAUCCAGAACUCGGCCUGCCAGGCCUACGGCUUCUCGAGCUGGGACAUCGCGCUGCUGGUGCUCUGGGGGCCCAUCGGCUUCCUGCCCUGCUUCGCCUUCAUGUGGCUGCUGGACAAGCGAGGUCUUCGGGUCACAGUGCUUCUGACGUCCUUCCUCAUGGUCCUGGGGACCGGCCUGAGAUGCAUACCCAUUUCAGACUUGACACUCAAAAGAAGACUGAUCCACGGAGGACAGCUGUUAAACGGUUUGGCAGGGCCCACUGUCAUGAAUGCAGCUCCCUUCCUCUCCACGACAUGGUUUUCUGCAGACGAACGUGCCACGGCCACAGCCAUUGCCUCCAUGCUCAGCUAUCUCGGUGGGGCGUGUGCAUUUUUGGUUGGGCCACUUGUUGUCCCAGCUCCAAAUGGGACAUCACCACUUCUUGCUUCAGAGAGUAGCAGGGCACACAUUAAAGAUCUCAUAGAGACUGUAUUAUACGCAGAAUUUGGAGUUGUCUGCUUGCUAUUUUCUGCGACACUAACUUAUUUCCCAUCCCGGCCUCCUCUUCCUCCCAGUGUUGCAGCAGCUAGUCAGAGGCUGAGUUAUCGGCGGAGCUUUUGCAGAUUAUUAAGCAAUUUGAGGUUUCUGAUGAUUGCUUUAGCAUAUGCCAUACCCCUUGGUGUAUUUGCCGGCUGGUCUGGAGUUCUGGAUUUGAUCUUAACACCAGUGCAUGUCAGCCAAGUAGAUGCUGGCUGGAUUGGAUUUUGGUCCAUAGUCGGAGGCUGCAUUGUUGGAAUAGCUAUAGCAAGGUUUGCAGAUUUUAUCAGGGGUAUGCUGAAACUAAUCCUUCUCCUCCUGUUUUCUGGGGCUACAUUAUCAUCCACGUGGUUUACCCUGACCUGUUUGAACAGCAUCACGCACCUACCUUUGACCACAGUGACCCUGUACGCAUCCUGCAUCCUCCUGGGAGUGUUCCUCAACAGCAGCAUCCCUAUAUUUUUCGAGCUCUUUGUGGAAACCGUCUACCCAGUUCCAGAAGGAAUUACUUGUGGAGUUGUCACGUUUUUAAGUAAUAUGUUCAUGGGAGUUCUUUUAUUUUUCCUCACAUUUUACCAUACAGAUCUGUCCUGGUUCAACUGGUGCCUUUCCGGGUCGUGCUUGCUCAGUCUCCUCCUCAUCCUGUGCUUCAGGGAAUCCUACGACAGACUCUAUCUCGAUGUGGUUGUAUCGGUUUAAUAGCACAGACUCGGAGUGUCGAGGGAGACCGGAAAUCCAUCCUGCGAACUGCACAUUUACUUGGCGCAUCAAACAUGACGAGGAACAAAGAAGAGGGAAGCACCUUUCAAUCAUCACAUCCAUGUAAUUGCUUCCAAGAAAUCUUAAUGCGGGACUUGAGUGAUAAGAGGGGAUUUUUAAACUCCAGACGUGACAUACCUGUGCCUGAUUUCGGGGUUCGGAGUUGUGAUGUUUUACACAGAAAUCACUACCUAAAUAAUACCUUCUGUGUUUUGUGCCAGUGUUCACCUACUGAUUGGAAAGUUGUAAUUAUGAAAGGAAAUAAAGCGUGUCUAAGACAUGAAGACAAUGCCUUCCCUAUGUCACAGAACAGAAUAGGAGGAAACGCCACUAACUUCUAAAGAAGUCUAAACCCUCUAGAGAUUCUGAUUCUAAAGUAGCCCAGAGGCGAUCUACGUUGAAAUUGGCCACCUGUACACUACAUUUUUCUAAUAAAGCCAUUUCUUAUAUGACUCCUUAUUUUUGAUUCGGUCAGAACUCUCUGGCCUUCUUUACUCUGGUGAACAAGUGCUUUCCAGGAACUUCGGAGCACGCUCUUCGUGUCUCAGUUUCAGCUUGACCUUGUUUUUGUGAAGUGCAGUUUUCUCUAUUAGCAUCUUAAAUAGUUAUAUUAAAGGUGACUAAAUGUUUAAUAUAGUUGUAUUCAAUAUUGUAUAAAUAAUGUAAUUCUGUUCUGAUUUAGCACUUUGUUAAAAGUGAAAUGAUACAUCACAUAGACUGUGUCUUUAUCCUCUCUAUAUAUGUAUAUAUACAUAUAUAUGUAAUUAUAUAAUGGCAUGGGAUGUAAAGUCCAUGGCCAGCUAUUAUUUACGCUAUUAUUUACCAGGGUUACAUUUUAUUUAAAUGACCCUUGUUUGAAAAUAAUUUAUAAAAUUGAAACUUUGAAAUCUGUGGAGUAAUUUCUGAGUUACCUUCUUGUAUUUCAAUUCAGAUUGUAAAAUACUCAAUUCUAUAUGGAGUUAAUAUAUUUGAGAGAGCAGUA